GGUGGGUCCAUUGAAGAAACCCCCAAUUCAACAACAAAACCCCAGCAGAAAGCCCCAAGAAAAACACACAGUAGAAGACACUCACGGGCACACAGUGAGGCCUGAGAGACGACGAUGCAAAGAUGGUGCUCAAAGCUCCGGUCACUGGCUUCGGCACUGCAUUACUCAGCAAAGCCCCGAAAUCCCACCUCAAUUUCCAUACGGACCCUCCACAUUUCUCCUAAUUUACUCAACAAAUCCACUGCCCAAUUUCCAAUUUUUCCCAGCUUUAAGUCCCUUCAAAAUGUCCCUCAAGUUCCUCACCCCUCAAACUCCAAUCCCUCUCAUCUCCCUCUUUCUUUUUUUCAAGUGAGGCAUAUUACUGCAAAACAGAGGAAAAGAAAGUUAAAGAGUAGGCAACCAUUGACUCCAAUCACUUCCAAAGUCAAGAAAAUCAAAAUGAAAUGUUAUUCGUCAUUUAAGGGAAGAUUUAGAGUUAUGAAGGAUGGGCAAAUUAGGCGUUGGAAGGAAGGGAAGCGGCACAAUGCACAUUUAAAGUCUUAUUGCAAUCACUAAAAGAGCAAGAUUGCUGGUAUGAUUGAAGGUAUACCAGUUCUUCACUGUACAGUAGGGACUUGGCAUGAGUAGGUCUGUCAAGGUUGGAGGACACUUGAGCAGCAAAAUUCAUGGAGAAAUUAGAACACAAACAAAGAAAAGGGAAUAAAAAAAAAUUAACCGAUGGUAGUUGCUACUAAACUACCAGAAAGUCUAAGUUUCCACCCUGUAUUCUAUGCACAUCAAUACUCUCAAUUCUCAAUAGAACAAUAGGGCGCAUGCAGUAUUCGUUCUGUAGCAUGUAACAUUAUUGUUUCAGUACAAGAAAUGCUGCGGCUAGAAAAGUAAAUUUCAUUCGAUCAUUAGGCAAA